GAGAAUAGAGUGGACGGAAUGUCGGAGAGGCCGAAAGGGUUGGGGGAGGAGGUAGCGGACUCAAAGCACUAGGCCUAGUGAGGCGCGGCAGGCAGAGCGCCUCAGAGCUCAGGCGGCCGAUCGGCGCCCCGAGCCCCGCGCCGGCAGAUAGCGUGGGUGUGGCCCUUAUCGGCCUCCCCGCGGAGUGCCGGCUGGGUGAAGUCUUGAGACUUCUACCUCUUUCUCCUUCCUUUUCUCUCGUCCCUCUCGUGGCUUCCCAAUGGGUCGGACUGUGGUCGUGCUGGGCGGAGGCAUCAGCGGCUUGGCCGCCAGUUACCACCUGAGCCGGGCCCCCUGUCCACCCAAGGUGGUCCUGGUGGAGGGCAGCGAGCGUCUGGGAGGCUGGAUCCGCUCAGUACGAGGUCCGGAUGGUGCUAUCUUUGAACUUGGACCUCGAGGAAUUCGGCCGGCGGGAGCCCUGGGAGCCCGGACCUUGCUCAUGAUUUCUGAGCUUGGCUUGGACUCAGAAGUGUUACCUGUCCGGGGAGACCAUCCAGCUGCCCAGAACAGGUUCCUGUAUGUAGGCGGUGCCCUGCACGCCCUGCCCACUGGUCUCAGGGGGCUACUCCGCCCUUCACCUCCCUUCUCCAAACCUCUGUUCUGGGCUGGACUGAGGGAGUUGAUCACGCCCCGAGGCAAAGACCCUGAUGAGACUGUGCACAGUUUUACCCAGCGCCGCCUUGGACCUGAGGUGGCGUCUCUAGCCAUGGACAGUCUUUGCCGUGGAGUGUUUGCAGGCAACAGCCGUGAGCUCAGCAUCAGGUCCUGCUUUCCCAGUCUCUUCCAAGCUGAGCAAACCCAUCGUUCCGUGUUACUGGGGCUGCUGCUGGGGGCAGGGCGGAGCCCACAGCCAGACUCAGCACUCAUUCGCCAGGCCCGAGCUGAGCGCUGGAGCCAGUGGUCACUCCGUGGAGGAUUGGAGACGUUGCCCCAGGCCCUUAACACCCACCUGACUAGUAGGGGGGUCAGUGUUCUCAGAGGCCGGCCGGUCUGUGGGCUCAGCCUCCAGGCAGAAGGGCGCUGGAAGGUGUCUCUAGGGGACAGCAGUCUGGAUGCUGACCACAUCAUUAGUGCUGUUCCAGCUUCAGUGUUGAGCCAGCUACUCCCUGUUGAGGCUGCGCCUCUGGCUCGUGCCCUGAGUACCAUCACUGCUGUGUCUGUGGCUGUGGUGAAUCUGCAGUACCGAGGAGCUCGUCUGCCUGUCCAGGGAUUUGGACAUUUGGUGCCAUCCUCAGAAGACCCAAGCACCCUGGGAAUUGUGUACGACUCAGUUGCUUUCCCUGAGCAGGAUGGGAGCCCCCCUGGCCUCAGAGUGACUGUGAUGCUGGGAGGUUCCUGGUUACAGACACUGGAAGCCAGGGGCUGUGUAUUAUCUCGGGAGCUAUUCCAACAGCAAGCACAGGAAGCAGCUGCCACACAAUUAGGACUGAAGGAGCCACCAAGUCACUGUUUGGUCCAUCUACACAAGAACUGCAUCCCCCAGUAUACACUAGGCCACUGGCAAAAACUAGAGUCAGCUACCCAAUUCCUGGCUGCUCAAAGGCUGCCCCUGACUCUGGCUGGAGCCUCCUAUGAGGGGGUUGCUGUCAAUGACUGUAUAGAGAGUGGGCGCCAGGCAGCAUUUCGAGUCCUGGGCACAGAACCUAAUAGCUAAUCCGCAGCUCUCACCUCUUCCUGCCCCUGCUAGCGGGGAUUCUCUCACCCAUGAAAAUAAAAGUUGCUGGAACUUGG